GACGGACGAGCAGCGGGAUAGCGAGUGAUGCCGUUCGCACAGCUGGUGAUCGGCCCUCCUGGGUCCGGCAAGUCGACGUACUGCAAUGGAAUGCAGCAGUUCAUGUCUGCCAUCGGGCGCAAGUGCUCGAUUGUCAAUUUGGAUCCGGCCAACGACCAGACUUCGUAUACGCCGGCAGUGGACGUGCGGGAGCUCGUUACGCUGGAGGAGAUCAUGAAGGAAGACACCCUGGGCCCGAACGGAGCUGUCCUGUAUGCGCUGGAGGAGCUCGAGGAGAACUUCGAGUGGCUUGAGGAAGGACUACACAGCUUGGGAGAUGACUAUGUGCUGUUCGACUGUCCCGGCCAGGUGGAGAUAUUCACACACCACAGCUCACUAAGGAACAUGUUCUUCAAGAUCCAGAAACUUGGGUAUAGACUAGUUGUAGUGCACCUGGUCGACUCUUAUAACCUCACGCUUCCAUCGAUGUACAUCUCGGCGCUGCUGCUGUCACUCCGGGCAAUGCUUCAGAUGGAUCUGCCGCACCUGAACGUGCUGACUAAGAUCGACAACCUCAGCAAAUAUCCUUCCCUCCCGUUCAACCUGGACUUCUACACCGAAGUCCACGACCUGUCGCACCUGAUACCGCACCUGAACGAGGAAGCGCCGUGGCUCGCGAAUUCCAAGUUCGACGCGCUGAACUCCGCCAUAGUCGAGCUAGUGCAGGAUUUCGGGCUGGUAGGAUUCGAGACGCUGGCGGUAGAGGAUAAGAAGAGCAUGAUGAGCCUGCUGCAUGCGAUCGAUCGAGCGGGCGGGUAUGCAUUUGGGUCCGCUGAGGGCGCCAACGAUACAGUCUGGCAGGUGGCUGUUAGAGAAGGUAUGGGAGUGAUGGAUGUCAAGGAUGUGCAGGAGAGGUGGCUGGAUGCAAAGGAUGAGUGGGAUGAGAAGGAGAGGCAGGACUGGGAAGCAGAAGCCAGGGCGAGAGAAAUGAGCUCAACAGGUCCUGCCGGCGACAACGACGACAUGGACAUGGACGAGCUAAUGUCGAAUGUCCCGCCCAACAACGGCAUCAAGGUGGUAAGGAAACCGCCCAAGUAA